AUGUGCAGAAUAUUCUACUUGUAUUAUGCGGUCGUUUCCAAUCAAACCGAACACUUGAAGAUCAAUGAAUUUACGGUUGUCUCCGGUAUACUCAAUGGAAAUAUUAUUUUCAUUACAUGUGGUUAUAUAGUGGAGGGACAGUGUUCUGGCGAUUAUCUCUUUUCCGUUCAGAUAUAUAUGGCUGACGACCAGAACGGA